AAAUAAUAAAACUACAUGCGGGAAAACGGACGUUUUAAUGUGCAUCGGAAAAUUUCCGGUGUGUAUAUGCCAUUUUGUUUGUUUAUCCGAAAUAAAAAAACAGUUUGUGUUAUGUUAUGUAUACGUACCUACAAUAAUAAGAGUGAUGUGCAUGUGCAUAUAGGAAUUUGGUUCUAUGUCUGCAGGAUAAUUUGUCAAAUUUGUAUACGGGCAAUGGUGGCAUUAAGAAUGGCCGAAACACGUGAAGAUUCUGCUUGUAAGGUACGGGAACUGAUUUUUGCAUACGAACGUCAAAACAGUGAGUUGGAACCGGUGGAAUUUCAAGGGCGCAAGCGCGCUAAGUCCAUAGGCAACGCCUUGUCCUACAAGUUAUUCCGAGAACCUGAUUUGGAUAUUCAUAGUAUGGUAGAUAUUGAAAAAGAGUUGGUAAGAAUUGAGGCACAUUUAAAUUAUUAUGAAGUCUACGAGAAGGAAACUCAUGUGGCGUUUCAAGAACAGCUUUUUAAUGUAUUAACUACUAUUGUCAAUAUUGUUCCUGAAGACCAUGAGAGUACCAUACUAAAGAAAAAGGAACUUAUUAAUGAGACUCAGAAGUUGGCUAGAAUUUUAAAUGCUAAGUUGCCCUUUGGCGGUAAUGUUUCUACCAAAGGGUUAAGAAGAAAUUAUAGCAGCGUUUUAAGGAAAGAAGAAGCUGUUGUAACAACCACUUCUCAAAGGUCUUAUUUAUCUGCCAGUCAAUCAACUAUAAAUGAAACUUUCAAAUCAGAAGAUUCAUUAAAUUCCACAAGAGAUUCAGACAUAUUUUCACCAAAAGUUGAUGACUCCUCUUCUAUGGUCGAGGGGCCAACUAAAGAAGAAAAAAGUGAUACAGUUAUUCAAGAAACCAAAGGGUAUUUACCAUCAGUUUCGAGACUGAAAAAGUUUUUUUCAUUUAGACGAGAUGAGCGUCCCACAGUUAAUGCAGUACCGACAACUCAUCCUAGUAUCUCCAGAUCACAAUCUCUUAGUGUAAAAUCAGGCAAAUAUGUAACAAAAAAUUAUCAAAAUGAACAAGUAACUGUUUCCAAUGAAACUAUUAUACCUAUUAUUUCUGAAGAAGGAAAAACAGAUGAUGUAGAUAUAAUAAAAAGUGAAGAAAGCAAUGAAAUAAAAGGAGAUAUUCAUCAUAACAUUUCAGUAUCCAAGUUAAAAAAUAUGUUUGAAGAUGUUAAGAAAGAUACUGAUGAAGGUGUAGGUUUACUAACAAAAAAACAAACUGAAUUACGAACCGAUUUUAACAUCCUACCUUACACAGAGGCGAACUUGGGGGCUUUAAGGCUUAAACGAACUAUUUCAGGGAAUUAUAUGAACUUCACUGGGCUGUUGCGAAAAAUCGAUAUUCAGAAAAAAGUUGAUUUAAAUAAGAGUAAAAGCAUGUCAGACCUAAAAUCCUCGAGUUAUCAGUGUGAGGAGACAAAUUUAAGUAACGAAAUUGAUGAUGAUGAUGAUGAUGAUGAUAAUGAGGAUUAUGUUCAUGUGUCAAUAGAUGAAGUGAAAUCGGCAAGCGAGAUGAAUAAUAAUAUUUUAAAAUGUACUGAAACUCACCAAUCAAGCACUAUUUGUCAAAGCCAAGAAGAAACUAUUCAAAGUAACGAUGAGAUUUACAUGCCUGGAAAAGUACAGAUUUUGAAAAAGAAUUUUGAAAGUCUUAAUACUAGUACUAGCAAAAACAAUAACAGUUUUAAAUAUACAUCAGAAGACAUAAAUCAUAUCAUUCAUAGAACCAUUGAUCCAAUCCCUAAUAGUGAUUCUACAAAAGAACCAGUUCUUAAAGUACCUAUUCAGCUGAGAACAGGGUGGAUCGAUCAUAGCCUUCAUGAGGAAAGCUCAGAAGAAACAGAUGAUGUAAGCCAUAUAAUCCACAGAACAAUUGAUCCCAUACCAAAUACAAAUAAUGAACAGGAAGAACCCAUUUUAAAAGUACCUAUUCAACUACGAGGUUUUCCAGUCCAUAAUGAAACUACGACGAAUAUUGAAACCGAGGAAGUUGAAUGGAAUACCCCAAAAGUAACCAAUUCGGAUGUUGAAAGAACCGUUGUAGAUUUUCCGCAAAGUAGAGCCCCAAAGAUCACUUCAUACCAGCAUGUUUGGACUAGUGAAUUAGAUGAGUCAGGGGCUGAAAAGUCAUUUUCUUCUGGGACUGUUGAAAUACUUAAAGAUGGUUUUGAAAAACUGGGAAAAUCAAACUUGCAAAUCACAGAUGUCAGUAGCAAAGCUACUGAAGAAGUUUACCAAGAUUCUGAUUUAGAAAUUCAAAUUGGAAACAUAACCGAAAAAUCUGAGAAAAUCCAAGAAGAAGUAAACUUAAAUGGUACAGUGGAAACCUUAAAGCAAACUUUCGAACAUCUUAGCACAAAAUCUGAAGAUAAAGACUCUGAAGCUAUAAAGCAUGUAGUUCCAAAGGUAACAGAACCUGUAAAAAAUAUUGAUGGUACUAGUAAAGAAUCCGAUCUGGUAACUUCAGAGCUAAUUGAAAAACAUUUUAAAGUGACCGAUGCUAGCUCCCAAUUAAAUUCUAAACAAUCUACAUCUGUUAUUUACUCAAACAGCCAUAAUAGCAGCCUUACGAAUGUGGCUGAAAAUCCUGAUAGGACUCAUAUGCAAGUAUCUGUAGACUUAGGCCCAAAUGGUACUGUGGAAACCUUGAAGCAAACUUUCGAACACCUUAGCACAAAAUCUGAAGAUAAAAACUCUGAAAAUAUAAAGCAUGUAGUUCAAAAAGUAACAGAAUAUGUAAAAAAUAAUGAUGAUACUAACAAAGGAACUGAACAUGUAACUGCAAAGCUAAUUGAAGAACAUUUUAAAGUGUCCGAGUCUAGCUCGCCAUUAAAUUCUAAACAAUCUACAUCCGUUAUUUAUUCAAGCAGCCAUAACAGCAGCCUGACGAAUGUGGCAGAAAAUUCUGAUAGGACUCAUUUGCAAGUACCUGUAGAUUUAAGACUAAGAGAUGAGGAGUUUCCUACAUCAAUCUACGCUUCUAAAUCUGAAGGAGUUUCUAUGUCUACUAAGUCCCUAUCAUCUAGCAGAGAGCAAUUGCAGAGCAGUACAGGAAGUUUACAAAUUUUACAGUCUCCAACGGCAAUGGCCACGUUAAUGUCAAGUUCCUCUUUAAAUCAAAGCCAACAAAUCAGCAGCUCCUCAAAAGUAACGGUAUCUUAUUCUCAAAAAACUAGUGUGCAACAUACAUCCUCCACAGAAGUUUCACACAAAGUAGUAUCGUCUUCAUCGCUAAGUUCUCAUGCCCAAAAUUCAAGUUACAAUGAACUUUAUUCAAAGAACUCUUUGGAUUCACCUGAUGAAGAAGAAAGUACCGUGACAAUAACUGAAAUCGAAGAACCUGCUGUGACCAAAACGAAACUCGAUUUCAAACUUUCAGAUAGUCAAGAACAGUUACUGGACGAUUUAAUAGAAGAUGCUGAUUCUCUUCAUAGUUAUGAAGAUGAGUUUAAAGAAUUAGUUGAUCAAUAUAAAUAAAUAAGAAAAUAUUCUUUAAGUAAGUUUUGUUAUGUGAACAGAAAAUUUAUUUACAUUAUUAGGAAUUUUUUUAAUUAUUUUAAUAGAUUUAAUAUUGUUGAUUAUUUUAUUGAUUAUUAGGAGAUUUUUCUGUAAAACAGGCAGAUAAACGCAGGUCGAUUUGUGAUGUCUAUUUUACGAUUAACUUAUUUUGUAUUUUUAUAAUAUUUGUUGUUUGUUCUAUAAUUAAAAUCGUCAACCUAUUAUUUAUAUUGUAAAGGUAUAUAUUUUAAAAAUAUUUUGCUUAUUUACAAUAUAAAAAUAUUUAAAAA